CCCCCUCCCUCCCAUUCACCCUCCUCUCGCUGGAACAGCCUGGUCGAUGGACUUCUUAGAGACUUCUUAGGGCCCGGGACAGAGGAUUUAGUUUAGGUGGACGCUGAUGAGGACCCAAGGACUUCAGGCUCCGGGACAAGGGACAACGAAGGUUUAGGAACAUGAAAAUAGGAGCUGCAGCUUUGGCCGGGGGGACUUUUGGGGUGGUGGGCACCCUGUGUUUCCUCGUGGCCUUCAGUACAGACUACUGGCUGGUAGCCGUAGAAGACUGUAACUCAGACGAGCCCACCAAACCCCACCCAACACGGGGCAAAGACGCUAACAGGACAAAGAUCCAGCCACGUGAAACCACUGUUGCUCCCUCGCGGGUCACUCUGCACCACGAGGGGUUUUUCAGGCGCUGUGUGUUUCUAGUGGAGCCCUCGACGCCCGCUCUCCUGGCCACAUUCAUCACAAACCCGCCGGAGGGUAAGGUGUGUUUCCGUGGUUACCUCUUCCCGCUGCCAGUCGCACUUGGAGACGUUCCUGGGGUGGUUUAUGACGCUACAGCAGUGUUCCGAGGGUUCUGGACCGUCCUGAUCGUGGUCGGGCUGCUCUCCGCUCUGACCGGAGGCCUGCUGCUGGCCUGCGGCGUUCCCUUCAUCAGCGGCAAACUGUACCGGCUGGGCGGGGCGUUCCUCAUCACAGCCGCCAGCCUGUUCCUCCUGCUGCUGCUGCUCUUUGUGCUCUGGAUGGAGGCGGUGGACGUGAGCCGCUACGUCCUGCAGGAGGCCAGGGAAGAGUGUCCGGACGCCGAGGUCUCUGUGCACUAUGGCCUCUCCUUCAUGGCGGCGGCCGCCGGCGUUCCCCUAGAGGUCCUGUCCGGGCUGCUCUUCCUGCUGGCGGGCCGCACGCUGCGCGCCGGCAGAUGAGCCGAGCAAGCGGCCGGCCGGAGAGACGGGAGCUGACACACUUUAUCGUGGAACAUGCAAAAGUUUUCACACUUUUUCGCCCCCCACCCCAUUACAGCCACAAAUUUUGAUUUAUGAUUUUAGCUGCAAGAGUUUUGCACCUUCACCUUCUUCAAAUGAAAUGAAACUGGGGUUAAACAUUUUGUCAUUUAUUAUUCAGUGUUUCCACAGAGGUCAUCAAAGGUCAACGAGCCCCCACGUUUACUGAAUCAAGAAAAUUUGGUGUCAGUCAGUGUGUGUGUUUGUUUAGAGCAGGUUGCUCUCUGGAAACCUUUUGUUUUGAAAUCUUUAAAGAUUCAAAAUGUCACAAAUGGAAUGCACAGGUGCUUGGCGCCAUAUUUUAUUUUGUGAUCUUUGGAAACAUUCAUAAAUAUUGUUAAAAUCACAGCGACACAAACCAGUUCUGUUUAUUUUGAAGAAGGUGAGUGGGGGCGUUUUGGGGUCAUCGUUUCUCAGGAAGUGGAAAGGAGAUGAUAUAUACGGUUUUAUAUUUGCUAAUGUUUUACAAAUAAGUGCCAGUCUGUGUCACUCCUCAACAAAAUCCACUGUAACUACUUUCAUCCGGAAGUGACUGAGUUUGUAAUAAGUGUGUGUAAGUUAAAACUCAGUAGAAAUGUAAUAUCAUCUGUUUUGUAAUUAUUUUCAUUUUUUUCCGUGUUUUCUUGUUCAUAUUUUUUUUUUCUGUCAGAGCAACAAAACAGAAAACAAUGGAGGAAAAACGCAGCUUGCGUUGUAGUCGCUCCAGUUAUCGGGACGUUUUAGUCGUCAUAAAUGUAGUGAAAUCCUGUUCUUAAAGGGAUAGUUCGGGAUUUUCAAAGUGCGGAUGGGUUGAUAUGCAGCUAGUUUCCUACCUGCAGUGGAAAACUCUCUUGGUGUUUUAUUUAAUACAUAUAUAAUAUAGAGCUCUUUUACUUAGAUGCGGUUUUAGGUUCUUGCUUUAGUUUUUCUUGGUUCUCUUGAUCCUCUUGCUCCUUAUAAACUGAGUAAAGUUUAUUUAUAUGUUAA